UCCCCCAUCUCUGCCGUCUGUGUAAGGCCGUCUGUGUAAGGCAAAUGCUCCCAUAAGAAGAAUAACACCUUUCAGCCUCUCUCUCCCUCUCUCUCUCUCUCCCCAUCUAUCGACCUAUCUAUCUAUCUGGGCAAAACGGCAUAAUGGGCUCGGGCAAUAGCCGGAUUGAGUCUCCCUCUCGCUCGUCUUCUCCGAAAGUCAACCGCGCAAAGCCUCGGAAAUUCUUCUCCCUCAUCUGCGGAUGCUCCUCGUCUCACGCCCCCCUUGAGAUGGAAGAUUAUCCCGAUGAAUGUUCGAUUAACCCUUCAGAACUUUGUGGUGAUCCUCUGUUCAGUGAGGUCCAGAAACCCAAGGAAGAGUUGUAUUCAAUCUCUAGUACAGAGACAGGGGGAUUAGUUACCUCCGCAAAUGAAGCUGCAAAUUCAUCUAUUACUGUGGAGAUUGAAGGUCGGGGAAAUUUGCAGCAAGUGGAUGCUGGAGAAUUUGAUGUAAUUAAUCAUGGGAAUCGCUUAUUUGAGAGCGGGGAGUUGGUUCCUCCUCCUCGGGUAAGUGUACCUAGUCCCAAUGAUUUAGAUAGGGAUAAUAGUAGUACCGCAUCUACUACUUCUUCUGAUGAACCACGAUCUUCAGAGGUGGUCUCUGUACACAUCUCACCUGGCGGCAUUGCAGUACAUGGCAUUGAUGAAAUAGUGAUCAAUAACGUAUCCGAGAUUUAUCCUGAGGAUGAAGGUGUAACUUCUGAAGUUGAAAUUAUCGAGAAUCAAGGGGGCGAAAGUAGACCUGUGGUCUGCUCUUCUGGCUCUUCUACUCGGGGAGCUUCUGAAUUACCAAUACAGCACAUUUCAACUGGAGAUGAGACUUCCUCUGAACUAAUACCUGUAGGGUCAGAAUUUCAGGUAUUCAGUAGAGAGCAAAGCAUUGAACCCGAAGGUGAAGUUGAAGUUGAUGUAGUCAGUGUUUCUUCUGGCCCACUUUCUUCUUCAGCUGUUGAUUUAUCUAGUUGGGAGGCUCGAAGGAAUGGUAGAUCUUUCUGGGAUGUCUUUUCGGUGCAUAGUUCCCGAGCUCACUCUGAUACCGAUACUCCUUCUAUCGUCUUCUCUACUACCGAUGAUUCUGAUUAUCAGGGGUCUCGAGAAAGAUGGCUGUUCGAUCAUACUGACCUUUUCUCUGAUGACGGGAUUCGAGCUGAUUCAAGAUUUCGUGGAAGCAGGAUUCAGAGAUCUAAUGAACGGCGAAGGCGCCGAAGAUUCGAGUUCUGGGACAGGCUCCGAAGUGGCCUCUAUGAACACAGUUGGCAAAAUUCGUCCUGUCCAUUGGGACUCCACUCUGAUGGCGAUGAAUGCUCAUGCGAGCGAUACUUGACAGAAGAGUCCAGUGCUCGUUCAAGCAUCUCUCGUAUUGUCAUGCUUGCCGAAGCUUUAUUCGAAGUUUCACAGGUUUUGGAUGAAAUCCAUCGCCAGCCCAUGUCAUUUUCUUUGUCUAUGGGCCCAGUCACUGCACCUGAAUCAGUUGUGGAUUCUUUUCCUAUCAAAAGCCAUGAAAAAGGCAACCUACCUGAGAGCGAAGACAGUGUUGAACAGUGUAACAUUUGCUUUGCCGAGUACGAGGAAGGGGACAAGAUUAGGGUUCUUCCCUGCCAGCACGAAUACCAUAUGGAAUGUGUCGAUAAAUGGCUGAAAGAGAUACACGGAGUAUGUCCGCUAUGUCGAGGUGAUGUUCGCGAAGGUUUUGCUGAAUGUUCUACCUCGAGCUCUGAAGUUGCUUCUUCAUAACAGGAUUUGUAUAUACGAUAAACAUUGUAUAUAGCAUAGCAAUUACCUUUAUCUACUCUUGGAAGAAUAAUAAUCUUAAGAUUCUUAACAUCUCUGUUGAUUAAAAAAAAAAAAGAAUAACUAUUUUUCUUUUCGAAUUACAUUCUCUUAUUCUACAUGAAUUUUAGUUUAACUGUU